CGUCAAAAUGGCCGCUCCCAGUAAGAACAAUUUUUUGUCAUCUACAGAUAUACCUGGUCUUACCAGUCACAAAAAUGUGGGAACUAAAUUACUACGCAGACCAAGAGCACCAAAACCAUCCUCACCGCCUAAUAGUUCAUCAUCCCCUGUUAGAUUCCAGGAACCAACAGAAGACAGUUCUCCUGAAAAGUAUUACCCCGAUACAUCAGAAAUUGAGUCUCGAACGGAAUCUCAUUCAGUAGAAUAUACUAAUAGAUACUCUCCUGUUUCACCACCACCUCCAUCAGAAACCAUAUCAAAUAGACUCUCUUUUCCAGCCGGAACAUAUACAUCACGGGAAAGUCAUGUCACAUCCUUUCUGACACGUGAUAAUACAAAGUAUAUUCUAGAUCCUGUAUUUAGAGGACGAACCAGUUUGGGAACUUAUGUUGAUGGUAAAAGUUUAGUAAAACCAUUUAAAACAAGAGGACCUGAUCCUUUUCCUUUAAGACAAACAAAACAGUUUCCUCCUGUGUUUCAAGAUUGCAGCUUGGAUGAUGAUUAUUAUCACACCCCACCAGCCUUUACAUUGGAACAUUUUUUAACAGUUUCUAAGAAGGAGAGACUACCAUUAAUACGUGUAAAACAGAUCAUGUAUUCAACACAUAAUUAUAAAAAACUGACCAAACUACUGGCUGCUAAAUUUAUACAUAGAGUUAAAUCGGGAGUAACAAGAGCUUCCAAUAAAAUCCUCACACCAGAAAGCCAGAAGAUACCAGCCUAUGAACCUAGAGUUCCCCAGAAGCAGUUAUUAAUAGAAAUGGCAGCAAUGAUCAAGAAACAUGUACGAGAUAUGACUGAUACCGAAGUUAAAACAUUGAUAAAACCAAUGCCUAAAUUUACUAGUUUAAAUGGUAAAGAAAUGGUGCCUCAUACUGAAAUUAUAUUAUAUGAAGAUAGAUCUACUGAUCGUAUUAAUUUACAUAAUAAAAAUAAACAAUCGAGUGAGCUACCAGAGCAAGAAGCUGUAUUCCAUUCAGCUAGAUCACAAUAUUUUCAAGGUUCUGUUCGUAGUAAAUCACCUUUUACUGUCGCAGGUGAAGGAACUAUAACUCCAUCAGAAUUAGCAAUUUUAGAUGCUUUAAUUAGUGGUGGAUCAGCUCUUAGUUUAAAAGCCCAUUUUAUCAGUGAGUUGCCAGAUAUAGCUCCUAUGGUUAAAACUAUAACUUAUCUAAAUCUAUCAUUCAAUGAUUUUACAUCAGUACCAGAAGAAGUAUUAGAUAUACAUCAACUUCAGAUAUUUAAAAUGAGGAAUAAUCCGUUACUGGUAUUACCUGAUGAUAUAGAUAGAUUAUGUUGUUUACGUACUCUAGUUGUAUCAUUCUGUUUAAUAUCAACAAUACCAAACAGUUUAUAUAAAUUACAGACAUUAGAACAUGUUAAUCUAUCCUAUAAUAAAUUAACAUCUAUCUCUAAUGAUAUCAAAUAUAUGAAAAAUCUAGUAGAAUUAAAUAUUGAGGGUAACCAAUUACCAGCAAUGCCCUGUGGCGCCCUGACAUUAAAUUUACAGUACUUAAAUGUAAAGAAUAAUUUCAUGCAUCCAUUAUUUUGGAAGGAACAUACAGACAAUAUGCCACAGACAUUAUGUGAUUUAUCAGUUUUAUGUUUGUAUAAAAGUGAAAGAUAUCAAUUAAAAGAUUUACCAGAUUCUGUGCAGACUUUAUAUAAGAAAGCAGGAAAAUGUGAUUGUUGUCAUCAGGCCAUGUUUGGACAGGGAAUAAAAAUCAUAAGACCAGUAUCUAAAAUAUAUGGAAUCAAGAAUUUGCCCUUUAUUUUUAGAGCUUGUAGUUUAUCAUGUUUAAAAUUCUUCAAUGAGAAUACUGAGUCUUUAUCAUCUAUAUUAUAUGGUGAUGAUUAACUCACUUGUUAUAAUUUAUAUUUAUAGUACUGUGAUAUUUAUAACUGUAUAUUUUGUUUAUAUUAAAAUUAUUUCUCAGAU